UCCACUGCUCGUCUCAGUCGCCGUGUGACCAACACUUUCUCCGUGUCAGCGGCACCGGAGCGUCGUGGGCCCCGAGUGUGGAGGGUUCGAGCCGGGGCAGCUUCCUCUCCCUGCCCGCUGACAGCGCGGCCCCCGCCGGGACGGGCUGUUUUGAUGCGGCGGACACCUUAUUAGCUAGCGCCGAGCUGUCAGGUUCGAGCCCCGCUGUCUUCUCCUGCAGCUUCCCGGGCAGACGUUGGGGUUCACCCCGCGUUCACAGGAUUUUAACUUUUUUUUUUUCUUGUUUGGAGAGAAAAAUCUCUCUUUCUGGAUGUUUGGACGGCACGGCGGAGUGUAGCGGGAGUGCAGCGGCUGUCGACUUGUGGGAGGGGGAAUGAAGUUGCCUGGCAGCUCGUGCGAGGAUUUCUCUUCCCGUGUUUUGAGCCGAAGCUUCGUCGCUCCGUCAGCGUGAUGGGGGUUUGUGUCCCGGCGCACGGCUCGGCGCAGCGGCGGUCUUAAUAUGUGAGUUUUGGAGCGGAUGGCCGAGGCUUGGGCCUGCCUGCCUGCGUGCUCUGUCGUGUCGUGGCCUGGGCUGGGAUACACCUCCUCUGCACCGGAUCAGCGGCGUUAAUUGCGGCUUGGAGAUUAGCCCUGUUUACUGUCUGGCCUGCGCGCACAUCUGAAGCGGUGGAAGGUGGAGGUGCUGCCGCCACCGCUGCUGCUGCCGCCGCCGCUGGAGGAAGAGGAGGAGGAGGAGGAUCGGGGGAAGGAGGAGGCGGAGGAGGAGGUGAUGGUGGGGCAAUCAGUUUUGGAUUAAUAGAUGCGAUUUGGGAGCCGCACGGAGCUCCUCCGGGCGCCGGACCGGAGGCAAACUUGGACUCUUUGAAGAAAGAUGGAUGUUGUGCUUUCCAUGUGACAUGCUUUCGAUCUCACUGCUGAAUUCCAUGAGAAGGGAGGGGGGUACCACCUCUAACAUGAGGGACAUCUAGGGCCACCGACUUUUUUUUUAAUUUAUUCAGGGGGGAAGCGGGUUAUUUUCUAUUUUUUGAGUUGAGCACAAAUCUUAAAUUGGGGUGAUCAUAGCUGCAUAUGCUCAUGAUAAGCGUCCCGUCAUUAGCCCCGGGCUGUAGGAGUCUAAUGGUGUGCAGGCAAGAGAAUUAAUUUAGUGGAAGUGGGUCAGAUCCUUGCUGGCAUUAUGAUAAAGACGCGGAUCCGAAGAGUUUCUCUCUCACCAUAGAGUCAAAGUAGCUGGUGUUGGAUCAUCCAGACCCCUCCUCCCCCCCGCGAAUCUGUCUCCUGCAUGUUCUUGAUAAGUUUCAUUCGCCGGAGUGUUGCAGUCUGGUAGCCAGCCUCACCACUUGGAAGCAGCGGCCGUCUCUGCACCGGUGCAUGGCUCUUUGCGGCGCGACUGCUACCAAUGUUACGAAAAUGAUGGCUGCGUACAACGGUGGCUCCUCGGCAGUGGCCGCCCAUCACCCGCAUCACCACCACCAGCUCCAGCACCUCCCGCCUCCCCACAUGCACCACCACCACCACGCCGGCCAGCACCACCUGCAGCACCCGGGCUCCGCCGCCGCCGUGCACACGGUCCAGCAGCACACCUCCACGGCCGCGGCCGCGGCGGUGAUGCUCAACCCGGGCCAGCAGCAGCCCUACUUCCCCUCGCCCGCCCCCGGACAGGCCCCCGGGCCGGCGGCGGCAGCGGCUCCCGCGCAGGUGCAAGCCGCGGCCGCCGCCGCCGUCAAAGCGCACCACCACCAUCACCACCACCAUCAGCAGCCGCACUCACACCACCUGCAGCCGCAGCUGGACAUCGAGCCCGACCGGCCCAUCGGGUACGGAGCGUUUGGGGUGGUCUGGUCAGUGACGGACCCCCGAGACGGAAAGCGAGUCGCUCUCAAAAAGAUGCCCAAUGUCUUCCAAAACCUUGUUUCUUGCAAGAGGGUAUUUCGAGAGCUGAAGAUGCUGUGCUUCUUCAAACACGAAAAUGUGCUCUCUGCUCUGGACAUACUACAACCUCCACACAUCGACUACUUUGAAGAAAUCUAUGUGGUGACUGAACUGAUGCAAAGUGACCUCCAUAAGAUCAUCGUAUCGCCACAGCCUCUGAGCUCAGACCACGCCAAAGUUUUUCUUUAUCAGAUUCUACGAGGACUGAAAUACCUGCACUCAGCUGGAAUUCUCCACCGAGACAUCAAACCUGGCAACCUCCUGGUAAACAGCAACUGUGUGCUCAAGAUCUGCGACUUUGGCCUGGCGCGAGUGGAGGAGUCGGACGAGUCACGGCACAUGACUCAGGAAGUGGUGACGCAGUACUACAGAGCUCCAGAGAUCCUGAUGGGGAGCCGCCACUACUCCAACUCCAUCGAUAUCUGGUCUGUGGGCUGCAUCUUCGCCGAGCUGCUGGGACGACGCAUCCUCUUCCAGGCUCAGAGUCCCAUCCAGCAGUUGGAUUUAAUCACUGACCUGUUGGGGACUCCCUCGAUGGAGGCCAUGAGGACGGCGUGCGAAGGCGCUCGUGCACACAUUCUCAGAGGACCUCACAAGCAGCCAUCACUUCCUGUUCUCUACACACUGUCUAGCCAAGCGACACACGAGGCGGUGCACCUCCUCUGCAGGAUGCUGGUGUUUGAUCCGUCAAAGAGGAUUUCAGCCAAGGACGCCCUGGCCCACCCGUACCUGGACGAGGGUCGCCUGCGCUACCACACGUGCAUGUGCAAAUGCUGCUACACCACGUCGUCCGGCCGGGUCUACACCAGCGACUUCGAGCCGGUCACCAACCCCAAGUUCGACGACGGGUUUGAAAAGAACCUGAGCUCUGUGAGACACGUCAAAGAGAUCAUCCAUCAGUUCAUUUUGGAACAGCAGAAGGGGAGUCGAGUUCCACUCUGCAUAAACCCUCAGUCAGCUGCGUUCAAAAGCUUCAUCAGCUCCACCGUGGCUCAGCCGUCUGAAAUGCCUCCAUCUCCGCUGGUGUGGGAAUAACCGCCGCCGCCGCUGCCGCUGUGUGUCAUCGUCUUUUUUUUUUUUUUUUUUUCCAACCGACAAGCUGCUAAAGUGGGAACAAGAAAGCGUCUCUAAAGUCUUCUAUCAUCUGUGUAGCAUUUCACUGGAGAGCGGGACUCACAGGUCUGCUGAAAUAUGGAACAAAUGAAGAGAAAAUCCACUGCUUGAUGGCUUUACGGGGGGUUUGGUGUGUCUGGAGGGUCGGUAUGCAAAACGAACCAGUCUGAACGCUCUGUUAGACCAAAUGAGAAUGUUUAAAACAAACCCUUAGUCUCCUCCAGGUAGAUAAGGUUUAACUCUUAGUUAAUGAAGUACAUCUGUUUUGCUAUAUAUAAUAUUACUAAUU